AUGACUUGCUGUGAAGGAUGGACAUCCUGCAAUGGGUUCAGCCUGCUGGUUCUACUUCUGUUGGGAGUAGUUCUCAAUGUAAUACCUCUAAUUGUCAAUAGACUUGAUGAAGGCAAAUUUCUUCAAAACCCCAUCUCUUGCUUUGAGUGGUGGUUCCCAGGAAUUAUAGGAGCAGGUCUGAUGGUCGUUCCAGCAGCAACGAUGUCCUUGGCCGCAAGAAAAAGAGCGUGCUGCAACAACAGAGGCGGAAUGUGUCUCUCCUCACUCCUGAACGCAUUCACAGUCGUCGGCGCUGUGUACUGCAUGCUGGUGUCGGCACAGGCUGUCCUGAAUGGUCCUCUCAUUUGUCACUCCCCAGACAACAGUACCUCCAGUUGUGAAUUUUCCUUAGACAAGUUAGGGAGCAUUCACUCAGACUCCUUCAACCUAGACUGGUAUGCCAAAGGAUCUUGCGUACUUCCGAAUGAUCUGAAUUCUUCCACCAUGAAUGACACUGUGGCAAGUGACUGGAGAAACGGCACCUUGCCCUCCAGGUCUAAAGAAGAGAGAUACAAGACCAUCCACUUCUCAGUAUUUGUGGGUCUGCUGCUCGUGGGGAGCCUUGAGCUCCUGUUCGGGCUCAGUCAGAUAGUCAUCGGUUUCCUGGGCUGUCUGUGUGGGGUCUCCAAGCGAAGGGGUCGAAUUGUGUAG